UCCCCAGUCCCGCUCUCCCCGGUCCCGCUCCUCUCGGCCCUGCUGCUCCCGGUGCUGCCGCUCCCAGCCCCGCUGCUCCCGGUCUCUCCGGUCCCGCUCCUCCCGGUCCCGCUCCUCCCGGUCCUGCCGCUCCCGGCCCGGCUGCUCCCGGUCCCGCUGCUCCCGGCCCCGCUCCGCCUGUUGCUCCGCUGCUCCCGGCCCCGCUGUUCCUGCAGCUCCGAUCCUCCCAUUGCUCCUCUCCUCCGGUUACCCCGCUGCCGCCCCCGCUCGUCCUGCGGCUCCUCUCCUCCUGUUCCGCCCCCCCGCUCGUCCUGCUCCCGUCCCCGCUCUCCCGUUUCCCCGCUCCUAUCCCCGCUCCCGUCCCCGCUCUCCCGUUUCCCCGCUCCUGUCCCCGCUCUCCCGUUUCCCGGCUCCCGUCCCCGCUCCACCUGUUGCCGCGGUCCCGCUGCCGUCCCCGUCGAAUCCCGCCGGGAGCGCUCCCGGGGGCUCAGGCUCGGUGGAAGCCGCCGGCAUUAAUUAGCGCGGAUGAGCCCGCCGGGUGCCCCCUCUGCCUGGCACUGCCCGCUGACCCUUGCUGACCCCCAAAAAGCCAUGGAGGGAGAGCCCAUCCUGCGCCUCCUCUUCAACCUCAACUGCUGGGCCAUCCGCUACCUGAGCAAGCGGCGGCAGCAGCGCGUGCGGCUCAUCGGGGACACGCUGCGCCAGGAGGGCUUUGACCUGGUGCUGCUGCAGGAGGUGUGGAGCGAGCAGGACUACAGUGAGCUGAAGGUGAAACUAGCAGGCUGUUAUCCCUUCUCCCAUUACUUCCGCAGUGGGGUGAUUGGCAGCGGCCUCUGCGUCUUCUCCAGGUUCCCCAUCCUGGACACGCUCCUCUACCAGUACUCACUGAACGGGUACCCCUACAUGCUCCAGCACGGGGACUGGUUCUGUGGCAAGUCCGUCGGUCUCGUCGUUAUGAAGAUCUCAGGGAUCAUCUUCAAUGUCUAUGUCACCCACCUGCACGCCGAGUACUGCCGGGACAAGGACGCCUACCUGCCCCACCGCCUGGUGCAGGCCUGGGAGCUGGCACAGUUCAUCAGACACACCUCAAAGGCAGCAGAUGUGGUGCUGCUGGGAGGGGACCUGAACAUGCACCCUGAUGAUGUGGGCAUCCGGCUGCUGCGUGGCUGGACGGGGCUGCAGGACGCCUUUGCUGAGGCCAUGCACUUUGAGGGCUGUAAGAACGGCUGCACCCUUGUCCCUGACAACUGCUUCAUUGACAAGUCAGAGCUGCUGCCCUUCCCGCUGGGCAUCCGCAUUGACUACAUCCUCUACAAGGCCAUCUCCAGCUUCACGGUGAAGUGUGAAGAGCUGAAGACCACCACGGGGCGAGCCCCAGGCAUGGACAUCCCCUUCUCAGACCACGAAGCUGUGAUGGCAACGCUGCACAUCCAGAGGCAGGGGCAGCCUGCAGGUGCCACCCUUGGCACAGCUGACCCAGCCCUGGCAGAUGUGGUGACAGAGGCACGGGCAGAGGUGGGCGCGGGGCUGCGGGCGGCGCGGCGGCAGCGCUACUCCUCGGGCAGGAUGGCCGUGCUGGCCCUGCUGCUGCUGCUGCUCCAGGCUGCAGCUGCCCUGGCCACUCUGGCCGGGCUGGGCGCAGAGCAGCCCUUCCCCAAGCUCUCCUUCUGCCUGCUGGCCUUCCUCGCCCUCGGCGUCCUCGUCCUCGCCACCGCUCUCCACCUGUUCCACACCAUGGAGGUGAAGAUGCUGCACGGCACCGAGGACCAGAUGUGGAUGGUGCUGAGGGCCCUGCAGGAGCGUCCCAGUGAAGGCUGAGCUGGGGCUCUGGGUGUCCCAAAAUGUCCCCUUGGCCACACCAUGUCCCCUUUUUCAUCCUUGUUUUUAGCUGACUUUGGGUCUUAGGCCAGCAGCACUGCAGCCAAUGCAGUGGUGCAGGUUUGGCAGCUGCCUCUGGGGGAAAUUAAGGUUUUGGGGUAGAUGUGUUGCACUGACCCCUGUGAGAACCACAAUGGAGGCAGAUUUUUAUUGCUGUCUUUUUAAAUACACUAUUUUGUACACGGAGGGACCCACUGGCCUGGCUGGAAGGCUUGAGACACUGAGGCUCCCCUUGCCUGGGGUGGCCUCAAAGUUUACAUUGGUGGCUGUUCUAGCAACCAUUCCUGACUGAUGGAAAAUAAAGGCAAUAUUUUAACCU